AGACGCUUCUCUCUCCCCGCCCCUGCCCGCGGCCCUUUCUCUCCACAGCACCUCGGAGUCCCUCGGCCCGGUGGCGACGGCAGCAGGGACCCGAGCAGCGGCGAGCGGCCUCGAGGAUGAAGUGCAAGCCGAACCAGACGCGGACCUACGACCCAGAGGGGUUCAAGAAGCGGGCGGCGUGCCUGUGCUUCCGGAGCGAGCGCGAGGACGAGGUGCUGUUAGUGAGUAGCAGUCGGUACCCGGACCGCUGGAUCGUGCCGGGCGGGGGCAUGGAGCCCGGGGAAGAGCCGGGCGGUGCUGCAGUCCGCGAGGUGUACGAAGAGGCGGGAGUCAAGGGGAAGUUAGGCCGGCUCCUGGGCAUUUUCGAGCAGAACCAAGAUCGCAAGCACAGAACGUACGUGUAUGUACUGACUGUCACUGAGAUUCUGGAGGAUUGGGAAGAUUCGGUUAGCAUUGGGAGGAAGCGAGAGUGGUUCAAAAUCGAAGAUGCGAUCAAGGUUCUCCAGUGCCACAAGCCCGUGCAUGCCGAAUAUCUGCAAAAACUAAAGCUGGGCGGUUCCCCGAGCAGUGGAAACUCCAUGGCCCCGUCCCUGCCAGAGAGCGAUCCCUAAUGAACAGCAAAGAUAUCCAGGAUUGCUUUGAAAGAGUCAUUGAUGUGAACCACUGAUGAAUGGAAUUGGCAAGUAUAAGUGAGCACUUCCAUGUUUCCAAGGAGACAGCUCAUCUGGUUUUACUCGUACAUCUUGGGACACUCCUUCCCUGUCUAUUCCACUGACUCCUCUUGCCCUGGUGAUUGUACUAUUGUAUGUGAACAGACUCUUAUUCAGCACCCGUAGCCUUUUAUUGUGCUUUUUUGAUAUGUCUGCCUUCUUCAUUAGACUAUGAUAUCCUUGAGAGCAAGGACCACGUUUCCUUACUCUUUGCAUAUUCUGCAUCUGAGACACUACUUGAAAUAUGGUUGGCAUCACUGAAGGUUCUUUGAUUCAACUCAUAUUUUAUAAUCACUACAUGGUAAAACAUUCCCCUUCCAAUCUGGUGCUAGUAGAGUAUAUGCUGUCCAGGCACCACGUGUGUGGCUUGUCUGUAUCAGGUGUUUCAGAAACUUUUCAAGGCAGUUGUAAGAUAUUCAAGGACAAGAAUUACUACUCAUAUUUCUAAGUCAUACCACACAGUGGCUGGCAGUUUUAAGAUUACCCAUCACUUAAGGCAGCAUUUUGUAGAAUCAGUCCUUUGUGUAACAACUUCAGUGUUUUUGUACUGUUGCUGAUUUGCUUAAAAUUUUAUUCAAAA